AUGAAACCACAAAUUGUUAGUAUUGCAGUAAUUGGAAAACAGAAUAAUCCUCUUUAUUUGAAGGUUUUUUCUGAAAAAAAAACGGAAUUAAUAUAUCAUUUUAUGAUUCACAGUACAUGUGAUGAAUUGGAAGGGAAAUUGCAUAAUUUAUUAUUAUCAGAAUUUGAAGAAGAUGGUAAAAAAUUGCAGCAAAUUUCGUCAGAAAGUAGCUCAAAUGCAAAAUUAAAUGAACGUUCUCAAACAUCAGUUAAUGUUAAAACAGAAUGUUCAGAUACAUAUCUUGGGCUUUUACAUAUGCAUGAGACAUCGGCUGUUUAUGGAUCUGUUACUAAUACAAAGAUCAAAUUUAUAGUGGUGUUAGAUAUGUCAGAAAUGAUUAUUACAGAUGCGGAUAUGAAAUCGCUUUUCAAAGAAAUCCAUUCUGCAUAUAUUGUUCAAGUUUGUAAUCCGUUUUAUUCUUUAGAUGAUAAGACGCCUAUACAAAGUCGACGGUUUGAUAAAAUGAUUCAACAAAUUGUAGAAUCAUGGACAUCUGGUGCAUGA